AUAAAAAAAAGAGCUACUAUAAAAAUAAAAAAACAGUCUACAUCAUGAUUGCAUCACCAUGGUGCUCUUCUCAUCAUUCAGACAUUCACAGAUCACACCCAGCUCACUCUUUCUUUCUCUUCCACUCACUUCACUUCACACUCAUCAACUCAACUUCACAACACUACACACCAUAACUCAUUCAUUUUUCGUUACACCAAAUCUAAACCCAAACCCAGAUCCACCAUCAUCAUAGAUAAACACUAACAUAACAAUAUCUAUAACAAUGACUUUAUUUCCCCAAAUUACCCUCACAUUUAUGCUAUAUUUCCUAAUCCUAUCCCCAACACCAUCUUUCUCUUUCAACCUCACCUCCCUCCUUUCAACCUUCCCUGAAUUAUCAACAUUCACCUCCCUACUUUCUUCCACACCCCCUCUCACCGCUGAUCUUUCCCACCGCACUUCACUCUCUCUCCUCGCCGUCCCCAACACCUAUCUCACCACCGACCCUCACCUCCAUAACCUCUCCCCCUCCGCCCUCGCCGACAUCCUCCGCUACCACAUCCUCCUCCAAUUCCUCUCCUGGUCCGACCUCCAACACCUCCCUCCCUCCGGUAAACUCGUCACCACUCUCUUCCAAACCACCGGCCGCGCCACCAACAACUUCGGCUCCGUUAAUAUCACCCACUCCCCGAACACUAACACUGUUACAAUCCAUUCCCCAGCACCUUACUCAUCCUCAAACGCCACCGUGCUUUCACAGCUCAAAAUGUUACCCUACAAUCUCACUAUCUUCACCGUUGAUUCUCUCUUAAUCCCUUAUGGUUUCGAUCUCAUGGCAUCGGAAACUCGUCCUAGCAUUCUUCUCAACAUCACCAAAACCCUAAUCGACGCUCACAAUUUCAACGUCGCUGCUUCAAUGCUCUCUGCUUCCGGCGUCGUGAACGAAUUCGAAGCCGGUGAAGGUGGUUCCGGAAUUACCUUAUUUAUCCCCGUCGACGAUGCUUUCGCCGAUCUACCUCCUUCCGUUUCGCUUCAAUCGCUUCCCGCCGAUCAAAAAGCAGUGGUUCUCAAAGCGCAUGUUCUUCGUGCUUAUUAUCCUCUCGGUUCGCUUCAAUCCACCGCGAAUCCGUUGCAACCGACGCUUGCGACGGAAGCUAUGGGUGCCGGAAGUUUCACUUUGAAUAUUUCAACUUUUAACGGCUCUGUUGCGAUUAACACUGGCAUUGUUCAGGCGAUAAUUACUCAGACAGUGUUUGAUCAGAAUCCUAUUGCGAUUUUUGGUGUUUCGAAGGUUUUGUUGCCUAGAGAGAUUUUUGGGAAGAAUCCAAUUGUCUCUGCGAAAUCACCACCGGAGAGUAGUGCUCCUCCUCCUUAUGAGGAUGCUUCUUCGCCCACAGGUUUUGAUGUACAGCCGUCGCAUCUUUCUUCACCGCCGGGGUUUGGUGAAGAUGUUAGCUCAGAUGUUGCAAGUGUUUAUGGUUCUGAGUUAUUUGUUUUUCUACUUUGUUGUAUAAAUUUGUAUUUAAUAUUAUAAAUAGUAAUUGUGUUAUUAUUUUUUUUUUGUGGAGUUUUGUUUUGAUAUUCUCCACCUUUUGUACACGUUAAUUGCAUUAUUAUUGUUAUUAUUAAUAUUAGGUUGCAAAUGCAGCCUCUUUUUUUAUUGCC